CAUUCCCAGAGAACCAUUUGCAAUUCCCUUUGUGGGAGUGGCUCCAGACCUACAUAAUCUCCAGGCAAAGCUACCGAGAGCUUAGAGUGAGUUACAUUGUGCACAAGCAAGAAACUAUCCGGCACGUGGAAACAUGUCUGGGAAACCCAAGCUGCACUACUUCAAUGGACGAGGCCGAAUGGAACCAAUACGGUGGCUGCUGGCAGCAGCUGGAGUUGAGGUUUGCCUCUGUUUUCUUAUACUAAGAGUAUGGGACAAACAUGUUUUGAAAGACCAUGGACAAGACUUUCUUGUUGGCAACCAGUUAAGCAGGGCAGAUGUGCAGUUACUUGACACCAUUUUAAUGGCAGAAGAGUUCAGGCCUGAUAUACUUGCCAAAUUUCCUCUCUUGCAGCGUUUUAAAGCAAGAAUAAGCAAUAUCCCCACAAUAAAGAAAUUCCUGCAGCCUGGCAGCCAGAGGAAACCACCAACACCAGAGGAAGAUAUACCCAAAGUGCUGGCAAUUUUCUACUGAGCAGCAGCCUAAAGCCACAGAAACUCUCAUUUCAUUGUGUUUGCUGAUAGUGGCAAAAGGAAAUGAAUGAAAAGAGUGGAAAGGUUUUUGAUCUCUCUUUCCUUAGCUACAGAACUGGUUUGAGCCUACUGCCAACACUUCUAAGGGAAAUCUAUAUGAGCAUACCAGAAAAUGGAAUAG